AUUCUUCUUCUAUACACCACCUAUAGUGAUGUAAACUUGGCUUUAAAUUGACUUUCAUAACAACCAUAAGUUAGUUGAGAAGCCCUUAGAAAAGACCCUCUUGGGUGCUAUAUACCUCUCUCAUUGGAGCAAAUUUUCAUAAAUAUUUUGUUGAGUUUGUGAAAGAGUGGAGAAUGGGGAAUUGUCAAACUGUGGAUGCUGCUGCACUAGUGAUCCAGCACCCUAGUGGAAAGAUAGAGAGAUUGUAUUGGUCAGUGAGUGCAAGUUAUGUCAUGAAGGCUAAUCCUGGUCAUUAUGUAUCACUGAUCAUGCCAUUGCCACAAGGAGAAAAUACUAAUCAUGAGGAGAGUGAGGAGAAGAAGAAGCCUGUGCUUUUCACUCGAGUUAAGUUGCUUAAGCCAGAUGAUACUCUCACAUUAGGCCAUGCUUAUAGGCUCAUCACAGCUCAAGAGGUUGAGAAGGUACUGAAAGCAAAGAAGAGGAGAACACAUGGAAAGACAGAGGAGGGUGUUGAAAUUGAGGAGCUGGAAAAGGAAAGUUCAGCUUCUGAGAGUGAAGGGAUGUUGAACACAGGAAAGAUGUAUCAGGCAAUGAGAGCAGACAGACAGAGGCUAAAAGCAGCACCUGUAAAUCCUGCAGCACCGAGACCAAAAUCAUGGCGCCCGUCUUUACAAAGCAUCUCCGAGUUUUCCGUUUGAAUGAUACCUAUAAAUUGUGAAAAUGUAUCAUCUCUCAUAACAUUAUUUGUUUGUCUCUUUCGUGUUCGACGCUCCUGUCGGGGUGGAUUGAGUUUCAUAAUUCUCUUCCAUUAUAAUCACCAUGUUCAGUUAAAAUAUGUUUGUAUAGCACAGAAAAAUAACUGAAUGCAAAAUCAAAAUCUAUUAGAAGUUCUUUUUAUUGUUACA